UGAUACUUUGUAUGUUCAAUCUUCAAAUGUAAUUUUCAUGUCAUGUUUUUCUACAGGACAUGGAACACUGAUUGGGAAGGAAACUGGCAAAGUUCUGCAGUUUGAGACAAGGAGUAAAAGUUGCAGUGUCUGUGACUACCAUGCAGAGGGUCCAAUACCAGUCCAUCAGUGUACAAGAAAUUGGGAUGGAUCUAGCAAGGCCAUGGAGCCAGACAUGGCCAUGUCUAUGCUCCACAAAAUGAAAGACAGUGGCCAUCCAGUGCAGAUCAUUCACGGUGACAACGAUUCCACCACUUCUUCCUCUUUGAAAUUGGAGUUUCCUGAAAUCAGAAAAAAAGAUGACAAAAAUCAUAUAAAAAAGGGAAUUUCAAAAAAGCUGUACACAUUAGCCACAAAGUGGAAGGAGCUUCAGUCCCAGUCAUCUGUGAUUCCAUACCUAGUGAGGUGUUUUAUGUAUGCUCUUGCCAAGGCCAACACCAGUGAUGAUGUCCAUGAAGGACUUUCACAGAUUGUGCCUCACAUCUUUGGUGAACAUAAAUUGUGCAGUGACGACUGGUGUUCAUUCUCAAGAGAUUCUUCAAAUUUCAGGUAAGAAAGGAAAAAUUUAUAAGUGUUUAAUCAAAUUUAAGCCCUUAGAUUAA